CCCUCACCACCACCAAAAACAACAACAAUGCCCUCACUCUCCCCCUCCCCCAAGAAGCCCCCCCGAAAAACCCAAAACCAACCCAAAUCCACACCCUCCACCCCCCUCCCCCGCUCAAACUGGACAUAUAUCCACCUCGUCCUCACGUCCACAUCCGGCCAACACCACCAACCCCCCCUCGACGCCCUAACAGCACGCACCUACCUCGCCGCCGCCCUCUCGCAAUUCCUCGGGCACACGGGCGGCGCAAUACCGGUUGAUAUCCUCGCUGUUGGGACGUCUGCUUACGAGGCCUACGAUUACGACCAGCAGAAGCAGCAUGACUACGACCAGCAACAGAAUGACGGGCAGGGACGGCAGAAGCAUGACGGACAGGGAAAACGGGGAGAACAACACGGAGAACAACACGGAGAACAAGACAGAGAACAAGACAUGUACAUCCGCGUGCCGCGCGAGGACGGGAACGCGGUUGUCGCUGCUGUUGGGGGGUGGGUUGGAUCUGGCUCCGGCUCCAGCGGUUCCAGCGGUUCCGGAUCUGGAUCUGGAUCUGGACCUGGAUCUAAUAGCGGAGGUGCGGGAGGAGGAGGAGGAGGAGGAGGAGUGAGCUGGAGGGUGCGCGCAUGGGGCGAGUGGGCUGGGGCGGUGGUGUUUGGUGGGGUUGAGGGCGGGGUGGGGUUAUUUGAGGGGGAGGGGGAGUGA